AUGGGAUCGCACGCUGAGCUUCCUGCCGACAUCAACUCCGUCGAUGUCAUUAUCGCUGGAGGAGGCACCGCCGGUUGUAUCGUCGCCGCCCGCCUCGCUGAGAAGGACCCCAAUCUAUCCAUUCUCGUGCUCGAGGCUGGUCCCAAUGGCGCUGGUAACCCCACGGUCGACUACCCGGCCCUCUUCCUGGCCAACAUGGCGCCGACGACCACGACUGCUGCGUUCUUCAAGAGUAACAAGUCCAGCAACCUUGGUGACCGUGAGAUCAUCGUCCCUACAGGCAAUGUUCUCGGUGGAGGAUCUGCCAUCAACAUGAUGCAGUAUAGCCGUGCCCAGCGCUCCGACUGGGACUCAUGGAAGAUCCCAGGCUGGUCUGCUGAUGAGUUGAUGCCAUUCAUCAAGAAGAUCGAGUCAUACCAUGGUCCUGGCUCAAUGGACCGUCACGGCACAGAUGGCCCAAUUGAGGUCUCCACUGGAACAUACAGCUCACCCAGGUUGCAGGAUCAGUUCGUUUCUGCGCUGGGUGAGCUCGGCUGGCCAGAAAUUGACGAUCUCUCGAGCAUGGACGCAUGCAACGGUGUCCAGCGCUCCGUCCGUUUCGUUUCGCGCGACGGCAAACGCCAGGAUACCGCUUCCCGAUACCUCACACCCCGUCUGCAGGAUGGCAAGCAUCCCAACUUGCACGUCGUCUGCAACGCGCCGGUCGUCAAGGUCUUAAUUGACAACAAGAAGGCCGUCGGCGUUGUUUUCAAGCCCAAGGCUCAGGGUGGUGUCGCGGAACGUACCGUCGAGGCGAAGAGGCAGGUCAUUGUGUCGGCGGGUGCAUUUGGCACGCCCGCCAUUCUCGAGCGCUCCGGUAUUGGACACGCCGAUGUGCUGAAGCGCGCGGGCAUUGAACAGGUUGCCGACGUCCCGGGCGUCGGAAAUGAAUAUGAGGAUCACAACCUUAUGCUCUACCCAUAUAAGGCCGAUCUCGAGCCUGGUGAGACCAUGGACGCUGUUCUUGCUGGUCGAAUGGACGUCGGCAAAUUGAUCCAGGAAAAUCAUGGCAUCUUGGGCUGGAACGCACAAGAGGCCACUGCCAAGCUCCGACCUAACGACAAGGACGUGGCAUCAUUUGCUCCUGAGCUCAAGGAUCUCUGGGAUGAGGAAUACAAGAAUGACGGAAACAAGCCUCUGAUGAUGAUGGCACUGGUCUGCACAUUCCCCGGUGAGCCUACCGGUAUUCCUCCUGGAGAGUAUUUUGCCAUCUCCGUCUUCACUGUCUACCCUCUGUCUCGCGGCCAUCUCCACAUUACUGGCCCUGAACUCGACGACCCCGUAGACUUCGACACCGGCUUUUUCUCUGACGCCAAGGGUGUCGAUGUGAAAAAGCAUCGUUGGGCAUAUAAGAAGCAGCGUGAGAUCGCUCGCCGCAUGCCCGUGUUCCGAGGCGAGUUCGGCCCUGGCCACCCCGCCUUCGCCGCGGACUCCAAGGCCGUCUGUGUGGAUCUCUCGAGCGAGCCGUCGCCUGAAACCCGUGAUAUUGAGUACACUGCCGAGGACGACGCCUUGAUCGAUGAGUGGGUGCGUGACAAGGUCGGUUCCGCGUGGCAUUCGCUUGGCACCUGUAAGAUGGGACCGAUCGAGAAGAACGGUGUUGUCGACCACAACUUGAGCGUGUACGGUGUGAAGGGGCUGAAGCUGGCGGAUUUGAGUGUGAUCCCUAGCAACGUCGCGGCCAAUACCAACUACACUGCCAUGGUGGUUGGUGAGAAGGCCGCGAAUAUUAUCAUCAAGGAGCUCGGUCUCUAG